AUGGAGGAGGAGGAAGAGGAGGAAGGGAAAGGAAAAAAAGAUGAGGAAGAGAUAGAGGAGGGGUGGAAGGAUAUGGUGGUGAGAGCGGUGGAGGUGAAUGAGGAGGAGGAGGAGGAGGAGGAGGAGGAGGAGGAGGAAUGAGCUGGAAGUGGAAAUGCUGCUGCUGCUGCUGCUGCUCCUGGUGGUGGUGGUGGUGGUGGUGGUGGUGUGGUGGUAGUGGAGAGAUGGAAUGAGACACCUUCUUGA